CUCUGCGUCGGACACAAAGGACGUGGGCUGUGUUGAUUCUCUGGUCAUGGCUAAACGUGGACGUGGUGGGGAAGGAGGCUCGGAAGCAGGUGAUAAGAAAAAGAAGAAGGGACAAACGCAGCAGAAUGGAUCGGAGAGCCAGCAGCAGCGAUUGGGAGAUGCGAGCUUGAGUCCUGCCGACGCGCAAACAGGAGCCGAGGGAGUCGCUUGUAAGAAGCUGCCUAGACGAACAGACAAGGUCGCUGGGGCAGAGAAGGGGGAAGCACGGCAGGCAAAGGGGAACGGAGAAAAGGGAGCCGCUGGGCGCAAAAAAAGCGAAAAGGAGGACAGCUGGGGUGGCGGCGGUGCGAGCUGCAACAGCGGCAGGAAGAGGAAGAAGAAGGCUCAUGAGGAGGAAGGAUACGAGGGACCAGUAGAGGAGGAGGAUAGCGAUGGUAGCGAUGCUUCUUCUAAAGGCGGGGAUGAUGACAGCGCUGAAGAGAGCGAUGACAGCGAUGAUGACAUCAAGCUCGAUGGGGCUCUGACGCGCCGGUCGGAUGCUGAGGAGGACGAUGAGGAAGAGGAGGAAGAGGAAGAGGAAGAGGCCGCCGGAUCAGGAGCGACGGCAGCGGGUGACCAGCAGACCGUCGUUGACGUCUGUCUGGACUUCUGCGACCCUCACGAGCGUUUUUUUCACGGCAUUAGAGCUUUACUUGCGCAUUCCUACCUCCAGGAGGCAGCGGGCGCGGGACUGUCGCCUUUGGUCGAUCUCGCCGUCGCUCAGGGCGCGGUCGGCACGGUGCUGUCGACCGAUGCGGACGACGACGCGGUGUUUGGCUUCGUCACGGCCCUCCCCCUCAAGUACCUCGCGAAAGAACAUGAAUGCGUGCAGGCAGUGACGAAAUUCUUGUUGGAAAAGGCGUCGAAGGCGGGCCGGGGCUCAGAGAUGGAGGAGGUUCUCGGAGAGGGAACCCAAGAAAAGGUGGGCCUGUUAGUGAGCGAGCGCAUGAUCAACUGCCCCAUGCAGGCGGUGCCGAAGCUGCACGAGGCGUUGGUGGAGGAUAUCGCCUGGGCGAUCGAAAACGAGAUUUCUGAGGAGCACCGCGAAAAGUUUCGGUUCGACAAGUUCAUCGUGGUCGCGCCCUGUGACGACGCGGGAGGGGCGGGCCCGGGGCUGGCGAUGCUGUCAGACUUUUACUUCUCGAGGUUCGACGACGAGGUGUUGCUUCAGGAAGCGGAUUUCUUCUUUCCGAUGGGUUGCGCCUCUCAGGCCGGUGGCGGCGGUGGCGGGUCAGCUUCUGGGGGGGGUGGAGGACAGCAGCAGCGAUACGUUGUGGGCAUCAUGCCCGCCAAGAAGCUCGGGGAGUGCGUGCAGGGUGUAGCCCAGAUGGUCGGAUAA